ACCUCUGCCAUUCUUACAAAAGCGUCGCGGAUCCUCUGCGAGUCAAAGCCGAGAGCGCUCAUCCUCCGAGAGAACUUCCCGCGCUCUGACAGGACGCAGGUGUCACGCGCGCGUGUGAGGAGUACCGUUAGUGAGGUAACUUUUCAAACGGUCCGUUUUCUUUUACAUACUUGUGGAUUGUGACUUUGUGAGAUGUUUUGGUGACUAGCGUCUUAUAAAACAACUGUGUAAACAGUUGAAGUCAAAACAAGGCUAUAGUGCGCUUUUUUAUGACUUUUUAUUUCAACGGACGUUAUGCUGGCUUGCUGACUGAUACUGAACAGAUUUACCAAAAUGCCUCGGCCAGGCAAGAACUCCUACAGUGAUCAGAAACCUCCGUACUCUUAUAUCUCGCUAACCGCCAUGGCCAUUCAAAGCUCCUCUGAGAAGAUGCUCCCCCUCAGCGACAUCUACAAAUUCAUCAUGGACCGUUUUCCGUAUUACCGCGAGAACACUCAACGCUGGCAAAACUCACUCCGCCACAAUCUUUCCUUCAACGACUGCUUCAUCAAGAUCCCCCGGCGUCCUGACCAGCCAGGAAAGGGAAGCUUCUGGGCCCUGCACCCGGACUGUGGAGACAUGUUUGAAAACGGCAGCUUCCUGCGUCGCCGCAAGCGCUUUAAGCUCCUACGGGUGGAGCAUUCGGCUUGCAAGAGCAACCCGGUCUUGCACUCCUACCACUCACAUGCCCAGCAUGCCUUGCAUCCAUCCCACCACCAUUCGGGCAAGCUGGGCGUGGGUCAUCCGGAGUACUUGGGCACCAUGGGCCGGCUCUCACACUUCCAGAGCUACACGCUUGGUGGUGGACAGAGCGGCAGCUUCAAGCACCCAUUCGCCAUUGAGAGCCUGAUUGGCAGAGACUAUAAAGGAGUGAUGGCCAGUGGGUUGCCCAUCGCCUCGGUCAUGCAUCACCUCGGGUAUCCCGUGCCUGCUCAGCUGGGCAGCAUGGUCAACUCCGUGUGGCCACAUGUGGGCAUGCUGUCCGAGCCGGUGUCUUCAGACUACCCACCGUUCAACGUGGCGGUCAAGGGGCUGUACCAUCACCACCCGGGAAGCCAGAGCAUGCCUGCUGUGCCCAUGCCCAUCAAACCCACACCAACCCUAGGCGCAGUCCCGUCCUUGACAGGCAUGACGCCGGGAGUAACGCAGCUGUGCCCGAGAACGGCAGCGCUGAUGGAGAGAGACGCAACAGCUCUGGUUGAGGAGAAAAGCGGGUCUCUCCAUCCUGCUCUCCUGCAGUCCUGAACCAAACGCUGAAGAUUCAAACGUGAGGGUACGUAGAGCAUGUUUUGGAGACGGCUGUGGACUGAUUUGAGAUGCCAGCCUUUUCCAGAAGAUCAUUUAAGACUUUCUUGGCUGUGUAUUAUAUUCUGCAGAGUGCAGAUUGUUCAGAUUUAGCAGUUUUCUGCUUUAUGUGUACAUGUUUUAGCUUCAGUGUACUGUACACAGGACUGUAUAAAAUCGAAAAACAAUGAUGUACAUUUUUUUUAAACCCUUAUGCGUUAAGCCUUAUAAAAACAACACAGACUGUGUAUAAUGAAUUAAAAAUGAUGAGUUGCAUGCUUGUACGCCACUGUUAAAACAGUGGAUUGCUGUGCGUCUGGGAGAGAGAGAGUAAUGAAAUAUGAAAUAUCCCAAAGUGAAUUUUGCUAAAUUAUUGUAUUCAUGUAAAAUAGAAAAUACCUUUAUGUUAUAUAUUAUCAUAAAUGUUACACAUGUAAAUAUGUGUAGAAUAUCAUCACUUACAGCAUUUGAAUUGCACUUGUGGUAUUUACUAACAUGACGUUGAAAUAUUUUAUGAAGAUGAAACAAUCAAAUAGACAAUUAUAGUGAAUAAAAAGCAGGCCUGGUUUAAGUGUGCUGUUUUAAAGUGGCAUGUGAGUUUCAAAAAUUGUAUAAGAUUUGUAAAUUAAGUAUUUUUAGAGUAAAAUCACAUUCCAGUU